AUGCCAAUGAUCCAAGGUGACUCAACGGCCCAAUGGGCCCCAGGACCAUACGUGCCUCCUUUCAAGUAUUCCGAGGUGCCGGCACUCCGGCCGCAGGUCACGGGCGUCGGGACCGCACCAGGUGCUGUCCCAACCGGAUCGGCCGACACAAACCCCGUCAUCCCAGCAAACGUCCCUACCCAAACCUAUGCUCUGUACUACCUCAUGACCCACAUGACAAGUUGGCCAUCAUACCGUUACCAGUACUUGUUCUGGUUUGUGGUCGCUGGAGUCGCCAUCCUCUACGCAGUGGCUCACCACAUUCGGUUGUCUGGUGGAUCGCUCGGAGCCGGGUACACAAAGUGGGGAAUGCGUCGCGUCUCCAUCGGCCGCGCGUAUGCCCUACCCAGCGUCAGCACGCUGCUCGUGGGCGCCGCUGUCGGAGCGACUGCCAUUGUCCUUUCGAUCGUUGGGGACGACUACAUCGCCCCGGCCUUGCACACUUUCCAGUUCGCCAAACGCGGGUCUGUUGCAACCAACACCUUGGCCAAGCGCGUGUGGAUAGGAGGCCCGAUGGACAGCUCCCUCCUCGUCCAGAAUAACAUCUCCAAGUCUGGCUGGACGCUGGGUAACCGCUUCGGCUUCAUGGCCUUUGCCAUGCUCCCCCUGGUCGUCCUCCUGGCGGCCAAGGCACCACCUUUCGCCAUUUUCUCCUGGAAGUGGUUCACCCACCUUUACUCGGACAAGCUCAUCAGCUUCCACCGCGCUGCAGGCUGGCUCGUCUGGGGACUUACCACUGCCCACGUCGUGUUCUGGACAAUCCAGCUCUUCAAGGAUAAGGACAGGCACACACAGCGCGCAAUGUGGUUCACAGCCUUCCAGAUCUACCGCUUCACCGCCGGCUGCAUCGCGUACGGCCUCAUGACCCUCAUGGUCGUCCUCAGCCAGCGGCCCGUUCGCAAGUCAGGCUACGAGUUCUUCUAUCACGCCCACGUAACCCUCACCUUCCUUACGCUCGUAGCCUGCUGCGUCCACCACCCAGCUCUCUGGUGGUGGGUUGUACUGGCGUUGGUCAUCUUCCUGGGUGACCGCCUCUUCCGGGCUCUCCGUUUUGCUCGCAUCAACCGGGGUGCUGCCAAGGGUACCACUGUGCGCAGCGGCACAUACUCUGGGCUCAGCCAAGACGACAUGGCCCUCGAGAACUUCUCGGACAAGAUGCUGCCGCCAACGCCCGCUCCGUACGACGCCUCGGAAUACAGCACACCGAAUCCCUAUGAGCAACCGUACGGUGUCGUGGAAGGAUACGGUGGUACACCAGAGAUCAUGCCCAUGGGCACCUUCGAUUCUCGGAGCUACGACGACUCCGCACUUCAGCCGCCUCAGCGGAACGCGUCUCUCCCGGCACCGUCCCAGCGUCCUCGAGCGACGUCGGCGGGGCACCACAGGUCUGUCCCAGCCUCCACUCGCACGGCUCACAGUCUCCCGCCAGUUAUACCCCCAGGCUAUGCUCAGGCGCAGCUCCUUCCUUCGCGGACUGUCCGACUCACUAUCCGUACACCUCAGCCUCUCAAGUGGGCGCCGGGACAGAGCCUUCACCUUACGCUUCCCGAGCUAUCCAAGAUCCAGGCUCACCCAUUCACAAUCAGCAACAACAACCCCAGCGAGAUUGUCGUCCUCGUCAAGGCCCGCAAGGGUCUCACCCGCCAGCUCUACAACCUGGUUCGCAAGCGUUCAGAGGCAAGCAUGGGACUUUCAGACAAGCAGGUCGGGAACCGCGUUGCACCCAUCUACGUACGCGCGUUGGUCGACGGGCCCAUGGGCUCUGCCGGCCGCGUGCGGUGGGGUGACUUUGCGAGUGUCCUUCUUGUCUGCGGAGGAACUGGCGUUACCUUCGGCCUGGCAAUCUUAGAUCACGUCUGCAACAUGAUCCAGCGUGGCGACUUCAAGUCCAAGAUCCGACGUGUCCGCUUCCUCUGGGUCGCGCGCGAGUAUGCCCAGAUUGCUUGGGCAGCCUCCGCGCUGUGCCGAGCACGCCAGAUGGUUCCCUCGACUACCCAGCUCCAGAUCGACGUCUACGUGACCAAUGCCGCGCCGCAGGGCUACUCGAGCACGACUUAUCACGCCGGGGCCUACGGUGACUCGGACUUUGCAUUGCCUCGCCCCAGCUUCGCCACUCAAGGGGAUAUGAAGCGUGCCGAAUCGGUCGACAGCAUGGGUAGCAUGAUGAGCGGUGACCCACGCGCGAGCCUGAGCAGCGCCCGUGACAACUUUGACUACGCCGACGAGGAGAUGGCGCACGCUGGCGGCAGCAUUGUUGACUACACCAACUACGAGGACGAGGACGACAUCAACGACCCCGCCGAGUCCGAGCUCUCACGCAAGAUCCAGAAGCAGGGCAAGCUCCGUCGGGCCAAGACGCGCAAGGUCGAGGCCCGCCGUAUACCCAGCGACAGCGGCUAUGCUGGCUCGUCGGUCUACCCACCGUCCCCCGGCAAGGGUCACUCUCAGCGCGGCUCGACCUCGUCUUCCAUUGGCUUGCCGCCGGGCGCGUCGUAUUCUGGCGACUUGAGCGGCGAGAGGGGAGGCUUGCUUGCUGAGCCUGUUGCGGACCCUCGCCGUCGUUCCUUAUCGGCUGGCGCGUACGAGCACCGCGACCGUGACAACUUGUUGUACCCGGACCCGAACCCAGACCCAAGGCGCAUCUCGGGCCGCUCCAUGAGCUCGAGCCACUAUGAGUCGAACCAGGCCCUGCUCACUGCCAACGCGCGCGACCCUCGCCGACAAUCUUAUCGCUCCGUCUCGUCGUCGAUGUACGACCGGUACGAUCUAUACAAUCCGGACCGCAUUUCGCCCUCGCCGUCAGGUCUCGUUGAUGACCGUGACGCUGUGUCUGUCCUCUCGCGCACGCAGAGUAUGGUGUUCUUCGAGGACACGGGUGACGAACCUCUCAUGGGUGCCGACGGGCUGCGCGGCUCAGUGGGCCUGUGGAUCGACGAAGCCGACUACGCUGCCACGACCAUCUUAUCCGAGAGCGCGCGUGCCGGCCGCCCCAAGCUCAGCCAUGUGAUUGACGAGGAGAUCGGCCUCGCUGAGGGCUCCAUCAUCGUCGGAACGUGUGGGCCUAUCAAGCUCAAUGUCGUCGUGCGCAACCUCGUCAGUCGCAACAUUAAGCCAGGGCGGAUUCUCAAGGGCGACAAGCGCGGACACGUGGCAGUGUUUUCUGAGGACUUUGAGAUGUAA